CACACACAAAUUAAAGGGCUCAGCUCUUAUCUCUUUCUCAAUGGCCUCACCACAAGCAACCAAAUUGUCUCUUAUAAUCGGAUCUCAAAGGUUGGCUUGUUGGGAGCACUGAGACAUCAAACAUGGUUUCUCCUUCUUCUCUCUUUCACCCUUAACCAAAAAAAAACCCCACCCAAUUAGCCCUAGCUUAAUAAAUCAAAUCUCCCUUUUUACAGUUUGUUUAAUCCCAAAAGGUUCUCCUCAAACACUUCUCUCUUUCUUUCUCUCUCACCAUUAAAACCAAUUCACAAGCAAAAAGCUCUGAGCUUUAAAUGAGUUUAAGGUCCUCUCCCUCUCUCUACGGUUCCUCCGAAAACAAAAAAAAACAAAAACUGGGUUUUUUCUCGUGUACUUCUUCAUAUCUUAUCUCAUCUGCAUAAAAUUUAACAACCUUCACUGAUCAUAUCAUCAUCCCACUGGUAAACAAAUAUAUAUUGCUUUUUUCUUUUGGUUGAUCUCUUUAAUUUAGAUCCUUCUGAGUUUUUAAUUUAAAAAAUAAAAAAUAAACUCCAAGAAAAAAAAAAGAAUGGAUAUGAGAAGCCAUGAAAUGAUAGAGAGAAGAAGAGAUGACAAUGGCAACAAUGGUGGUGUUAUUAGUAACAUCAUUACUACUAAUAAUGAUGAUAAUUGCAAUGGUAAUAACAACAACAACAACAACACUCGUGUCUCUUGCAACUCUCAAACCCUAGAUCACCACCAAACCAAGUCUCCUUCUUCUUUUUCCAUCUCCGCCGCUGUUCAAUCCCCAGUACGGUACCGUGAGUGUCUCAAGAACCACGCGGCGAGCGUCGGCGGGAGUGUACACGACGGAUGCGGCGAGUUUAUGCCGAGUGGUGAAGAAGGAACUAUUGAAGCUCUCAGAUGUGCUGCUUGUGAUUGUCACCGUAAUUUCCACAGGAAAGAGAUCGACGGUGUCGGAAGCUCGGAUUUAAUCGCUCACCACCGUCAUCACCACCACCACCAUAACCAGUACGGCGGAGGGAGAAGACCGCCGCCGAAUAUGAUGCUUAACCCACUCAUGCUCCCCCCGCCGCCGAAUUAUCAGCCGAUUCAUCACCACAAGUAUGGAAUGAGUCCUACCGGGGGAGGAGGAAUGGUGACGCCGAUGAGCGUUGCUUACGGAGGAGGAGGAGGAGGAGCAGAGUCGUCGAGUGAAGAUCUAAAUAUGUAUGGACAGUCCAGCGGAGAGGGAGCAGGAGCGGCGGCGGGGCAAAUGGCGUUCUCGAUGUCGUCGUCGAAGAAACGGUUCAGGACAAAGUUCACGACGGAGCAGAAGGAGAGGAUGAUGGAGUUUGCGGAGAAGCUAGGGUGGAGGAUGAACAAGCAAGACGAAGAAGAGCUUAAAAGAUUCUGUGGUGAGAUCGGAGUCAAGAGACAAGUCUUCAAAGUUUGGAUGCAUAACAACAAGAACAAUGCCAAGAAACCACCAACACCUACAACUCUCUAAAUCACACUCACACCUCAUCAUGAUUCAUCAACUACUUAAUUCAGAGUGAUUAUGUGUAAGAGAUUUACUUUAAUCUCUUUGUUGCUGUUUUUUUUUGUUUUAAAAUGUUUUUCUCUAGGUUUUUGUAGUUUGUACGAUCUUUGGAUCAAUCAAUGGAUCUUUUGUUUUCUUAGUUUAAUGUUUUUAAUUAAUUUGGAUUUGCUUUUUUUGGUGUGUGUGUUUUUUUUAUUGUACUUGUUGUAAUCAGCUUCUGUUCCUUAUAAGUAGUUUAUGCUUCUGUCUUCUUUUA